AAACUAGGAACAGAGUCAAGAGAUUUGGUUUGGAACUGGACCCUAAAUUACACCCGCGCAGGGAUUUGUGGGAGUGAUUCAUACAGCGAUGACGUAGCCAUGCACAACCGGAUGCUCAAGCUGUUCGGAGCGCUAGUUCUUGUGGGACUAGCACUGGCGUGCUUAGCUUCCUGGGUGCUGGAGAGCUAUGACACCUCCUGGCACCCCAAACGGAGUGUUCCGCAGUUCAACGCCGGGGAUGGAGAGGAGGCUAGGACAUGUCUUCCUCCAUAUCCCGGCGGCGAAUUGGAUAACAUAUUCUGGUUCGUGCAGGUGUCUGACAUUCAUAUCAGUCGAUUCCAUGACAAAAAACGAAUUUAUGACUUUGAGAAGUUCUGCACUAAUACCGUUGAAGUGAUCCAACCUGCUCUUGUGCUCGCAACAGGAGACCUGACGGAUGCGAAGACCGAGAGCAAGGUGGGCUCCCUGCAGCAUGAGGUGGAGUGGCAGGCCUAUCAUGACAUCCUGAAGAGGUCUCGGGUGCUGGAACGCACAAAAUGGAUUGACAUCCGCGGAAACCAUGAUGCCUUCAAUAUUAUUUCCUUGGAUAGUGUCAACAACUACUACAGGAAAUACUCAGCCAAUCAGAAAGUUGGCUCCUUCCACUAUGUCCACAAGACUCCCUUCGGCAACUACUCCUUCAUCUGUGCUGAUGCAACCAUCACCCCCGGUCCCAAGCGGCCGUACAACUUCUAUGGCAUUCUCAACCAGACUCAGAUGGACCUGUUGGCAUCCUUCAGGACUGAGAGCCACAGCAGCAACCAGACCAUCUGGUUUGGCCACUACACCACUUCAACGGUCAUCUCCCCCUUUCCAGGGCUGAGAGGCGUGAUGAGCUCGGCUGUAGCGUACCUGUGUGGUCACCUACACACUCUGGGCGGCCUGAUGCCUGUACUACACAGCAGACACCCCGAGGGCACCCUGGAACUGGAGCUAGGUGACUGGAUGGACAAUCGCAGGUACAGAGUGCUGGCGUUUGACCACGACCUGCUGAGUUUCAUGGACCUGAAGUUUCAGCAGUGGCCUGCAGUACUCAUCACCAACCCCAAGGAGGCGCAGUACCUCCAUCCUGGAGUGGAGCCACUGGGGAGAAUACAAAGCUCUACCCACAUCAGGAUCCUGGCCUUCUCUGAUGCCCUGGUCACAGCAGUUCACGUCAGCGUGGACGGGGUGGAGAUGGGUGAAGGCCAGUCUGCUGGAGGUCCUCUAUAUGUGGUGCCAUGGGAACCCUCGCUCUACCUCGCUGGGCUGCACACUGUCACUGUCAAUGUGAAGGAUGCGGUGGGGCGGUCGACUUUCCGAGAACAGCUCUUCACCCUGGAAGAGGACCUCUCCCCCAGCUUUGGUUUCUUCCAGUCCUUCAUCCUGCUCACUGACCACUACAUUCUGGCCCGGGUAGCCUUUGUCGCAGGGAUGCUGCUGAAUAUUGGAGUGCUUGUGGCGUUCAGGUUCAUGCCUCUGCCCUCUGUCAGAGGGUCUUCAAGUCUGUCCUCUUGCGCCUGUCUGUCCCUGCACUUGGUCAGUAAAGCAGACACUUUCUACUACUCUCUACUGCUCUUCAACCUCUGCACUGCCUUAGGUCCCUGGUUCAUAGGAGAGUUGAUUGAUGGUCACAGUGGGGCUUGCUUUGCCUUCGGAGUGGUUAUCGACGGACACUUCCUCGAAGGAAGUCUCACUUAUGUUGUUGGGGUGGGGCAGCUGCUCUUCUUCAACAUGCCUCUCACCUGUUACCUGUGCUGGAGCCUUCACCUGCGUAGUCGUGGUAACUCCUUCCGCUCACACUUCUUGCGUCCGGGCUAUCGGUGGAAGACUCUGGGGGUGCAUAUGGCCAUGUUGCUGCUGCUAGCCUGGCAGGGAUACUCUUGUUACUUCCUGCUGGAGACAUAUGGACCGCUGGCCUUCUUCCUGUCCCCAGUCCGCACGUGGGCAGUAGGGAUCUCCCUGCUAUUGGUCUACCGCGCCUGGAAGGGCCCCACCCCCUGUCUCCGUGACAACAGCAAGACAACCACAGCCUCUUGACAGUUGCACUUAUUUUCUUGAUUUUCUUUCUACUGGGUGAUUCUCUUAGUUAUGGCAAACUACAUUGGCUCUACUUUUCUAUCCCAUAUUUCAAACUACUCUUUUGUGCAAAGUUGUUUCUCGCUCUCCCUUCAAAGCUACUUUCCCCUCAUCCUAUUUCCCACAUUUUUAAACAGUUUAAAAGAAAGUUUCAUAUGCAUGUUAGUGUAUUGCAUGUGUAGACCACACCCCUAUACACAGUCAGCGCAAUGAAGGUGUUCGUACAGUGAAGACACUAGUUCAGUAUAUAUUGUGGAUAGAAUUGAUUGUUCAGCCAAUGACUGCCGUUCCUCAAAGCUGAUUGAAGAGUCUCACCGCUGUAUUCUGCUGUGGUAAACAUAUGUAUUAGUUGCCCACUUGAGACUUGAUUUGUAGCAGUUAUUCAAUUCAAAGUGUUGCCAACUGCCACAUCACCACUGCCAAAGGAUACAUAAUCAGUCCUGCUCUGGCAGGUUUUGUAUUUGGUUAUUGCAAACUAGUUAUUUUACAUAUGUAUAGCAGACCCACCGGAGGUAGUUGUAAUUUUUAUUUUGAAUCUGGCUGUUACUCAGGCAUGGGAGGACUUGAACCAAACAGACUGAUGACCCAUUUAUAUAUUCAAUAUUAGCUCAGUGGUGAAUCUACUUAAAGCAUGUUAAAAAAUCAAUGUUUGUGAUGAAUGUUAGACAAUAACCUGAGAUUGUGCUGUUUUCAUUGUAUUAUUUCCUUGGUGAUGGUUAUUCUCUAUUGAGAAGUUGAUUUGGGAAGCUGUGUGUUAUGUAUAGAACGCAGAUAUUUUGGGGAGUUUCAGACCAGCACUGGGCGCUCGACUUAGACUGAAAUAGGUGCUGGUACGUACCGUUUGUAUUUAGGUGCAGGAGCGACAAUAUUUGAGCUAAUAUUCUUUAAGAGGAACAUGGAGCUCAAGCAGUAGAAAUGUUGAGGUGAGCACCAAAGUCAAGCACUACUCUGGACUCAGGUUGGGGUUCAAUUUCUACAUUGAAUUAAGAAAAUUGGAAUUUAAAUUAUGACUAAACUUUACAGAUGUCACAUUGCUUGUGGGCGGUGCUAUGGCGUCCACACCAAGGGUUGAACAGUCUUUUUACCACUGUCCACGUCCCAUUGUCCUCAUUUCCCCUAGGAUGGGAUCUUCAGUCAGGGAGUUGUGGUUCUCCUUUAUAGAAUGUAUCAAAGUUCGUAUUGGUCCCAUGUAUUAGAGCAUCGGACAAGUUGCCCAAUGCUGAUUAUGAAGUGGAGAUUAGAGGUUUCAUGACUUGAUUGUCCAGAGCUGUACUUUUUAUUCAUGGUCAGCUUUAACACCAGAAUGUGAAGGGUUGGCUGACGCAGUUGCCCCAAGCUAGGUAGGUAGCCUGGGUGCCGGUCUGAUAUUUUGCCAACUCCUCGUCAGGCCAAACAUAACAAUUCCAUAAGGACUUUGCAUGAGAGCUGCCGAAUUAAACUGGCAUCUGGGCAGAGCAUAACCACUACUUUGAUGUUUGCUGUAAUGUUACUCAUAAAAUAGAUUGUGGUAAGUGUACAAUCAGAUACCCAUUUUCAAAUUGAUCGUUGAAAUGAAGAAAGUUCAGAUUUGAUUAAUGGUUUAUAGUGCUGUGAAAUAAAUUGUUUAGUCAAAUUGAGUGAGAUCUAAGACUUAAUUGAAUUCUUUGCAAUUUAGCAUGUUGAUAAUUAGACUGUCGCAGAUCGGUUAAGUAUAUUACAAAGGUUAUAAGAAGAGACAUUCAGUACAGUGUAGCUACAAAUAAUUUUAUUCAGUCCAUCCAGUUAUUGUCAGUAUAGAAAUCAAAGGCAGGAAGUAGUGUGUUUUAAGAGAAAAAAAGCUUGUGAUUCCAGUAGCUCCUGAUGGUGCCACCAGGGAUUUGAAUCAAUCUGAUAUUUUAAUGAUCUGUUUACCAAUGUUUCCUCCUUUCAUCAUGGAGCAAAAGGCCACUGCAAAAUAAAGUAAAGCUCAAUUCUCA